AGAAGAUAAAAGCGAAUUUGGAGAACAAUCUAUCUUCCUUACUUAAAACUGCAAAAGCAGAGAUUGCACGAAAGGAUAAGAUGAUUGAUGAUCUUAGGAAACGGUUGGACGAUGCAACCUUUAGAAGAAACAACAGGAACGAAUCUAAAGGUUUUUCUAUUCAUAGAUUAGCGCAUCAGCAUACGUUAACUAGAAAGUAUGAAAAUGUCCCUUCAAUUUAUUUAGAAGAAAGCGAAACUGAAUUGCAUCAAAUUAAAUUCUGUCAUGAUGAAUAUGAAGAUAAGAAGUCACAAAAUGAUAUUAAACGGAUAUCGACGCUAUUUGGAGAGAGAUUACAUAAGAGAAUUAUGGAAGAAGAAAAUGAAAAGACGAAACAAAAAGCGUUAAAACUUAGUGCAGAAGUUAAAACAAAAGAGUUUCCUAAAAAGGACAGCGUAGAAAACAAUAAGGAAAACGGAUCUCAAUUCAGUAUAAAUAACAAUGAAUCUUCAUAUAAAAAGAACUUGAUGAAGAGGACGAAUGAAGAGGAUAAUACAUAUAGAAAUAAACGUUUAAAGAUUGAAAAUAAAACCACUACGAAAGAAAUUGAUAUUGCGCGAUAUAAUUUAAUUGACAAUCCUGUGCAAUACGAAAUGAAAGAUAAUCUAGCAAAAUUUGAGGACCGAUUAGGUGCAUCUUCUUUUCUCAAAAAGGAGAAAAUUCCAAUUCACACGGGACAUAGAGCUGCUUCAGAACACCAAGACAUAAAACAGGAUAAAGAUUGUACAAAUGGAUGGAAAAGUGAGAGGAAAAAUAAUUCAGGAAAGGAUUUAGAUGGUUUCAGUAUUAGAAACGAUGAUGAUUUAAGAAAAUCUCGAACUCCUUCGGUGUCAAGUCAUGCUUCAGAAAGAUUUAACAGUGAUAAAAAGAACGAAUAUAAAUAUAGCCCAUCAAGAAGAAGUUCUAAAAGUAGAAGCAAUUAUGAGAGUACAAACAGCCAUCGUUUACGUGAAAGAUCCAAUAGAACAUAUAAAGAAAAGAAGUACGAUGAUUAUAAAUACGAUAGCCGAUACAAAAGUGAUAGAUUAAAAAGAAAUUACAAAAGUGAGGAAAAUGAUAGUAAAGCAAAACAUAGACGUUUCGGAGAACAUAGCGUUCUACGGGACAAAUCCAAAUACUCGUCAAGCGAUGCAGAAGACAAAGAAGGCAGUAGCUCACAUAAGAAUAAAAAGUAUGAAAUACGCAGAAUGAAAAAGAUGACAGCAAAUAUUUUAAAUGAUAGAAAAUUGGAGGAAAACAAAGUUAUAAGGCAAACUGACUCCCAGAAGUCUUCUAGCCGAACAAUUUCAAAUACUAUUGCGAAAUAUAGUAUUGAGAAAAGUGCUGAGCAACAUAAAAUGAAGAACGAACCAGAGAUGAAAUCUAUAAAAGAAAAGGAAGAAAAUUUAAUUACAUGUAUUACAAUGGAAAAUUUGAAUAUUAUGGAAGAAGGAGAAAUUUUAGAUAGUCCUGAAAAAAAAAAUUCUACAAAUAUCUUUAAAGAUAAUAAAAUAAAAGAAGAUAAUGUAAAAAUUGAAAAUAAAAAUAUUCUUAUUAAUACAUUUACUGAUGAACUCAUAGAUCACAAAUCAAUUCUUCAAACUAACACAAAACAAUUAGAAGUGGCAAAUAUUAAUACAAAAAAAAUUGAAGAAACGUCACAUUCACGAGAAAAUUCGAAAGAUUAUGGAGAAAUAAUAUAUUUAAAUUCUGGCAAAACUGAUAUGACAGUUAAUGAGGUACAUUAUACUAAAGAUGAAGACAUAUGCAUAUCUCACACUAAUGAAGAUUUAAUGGAUAUUCGUAAUAUUAGAAUAAUCGAACAGGUGUGUGACAGUGAUAUUGAUAUUAAUAACAAAAAUGAUGCCGAUAAAAUAUUAAAGGAUUCUAUUGUACCCGAAAUCACUACCAAUAUUCAAGGGACUGAUUUUAAUGUUGAAAAUGUUAUUAAAAUCAAAGAGUUAAUCGAUUCCAAUAUUGAAAGCGCCACUAAAAAGAAAGAAAUAGACGAUCCCAAUAUUGAAAGUACUGUUGAAGCAGACGUGAAUAAUAUUAAUAGUGAUAAUAAUAUGCAAGAAAUCGACGAUAAACAAUUAAAAUCUUCUAUUAAAGUUACAAAAGUGGAGACUGUGCUCGAGUGUAAUAUCAAAAAUAAAGAUUUAUGUCAAAUACCAAUACCAAUCGGAAGCAAGAUUUCUCAUCAAACAUCAAAUAAAAAUGAUGUCGAAAUACAUCUUAAUGAUCACAAUUAUGUUCAGAAAACUUUUACCAAUGUUUCUGAUUUUGAUGCAAGUCAAAAGCCCUUAUCGAAUUCAGAAUAUGAUGAAGCUGUGUUGGAAAUAGUAACAUCAAAAGAAAUAAAAUCGGACAAAACAAUUAAUGUUCAAUCAAUUAAUGCUAAAAGAACAAUCCCGGCUAUAGUGAAAAAUAAAAAAGAUCAGCAAGACAAGGGAAUAGUAAUUUUGCAUCGUCGAAGAGCUGUGAUACUGAGUGACAGUAAUGCGUCUAUGACCAUCCUGAUGAAUACAGAUAUAACGGAAACGUCCUCUGUCAUUAAUAAUUGUAACGAUAACGAUUCUGUUUUGAAACCACGUGCCUGCAAGACACCACGAGUGUUUGCAAAGGCGACUUGUAAAUAAUUAUUGUACAUUUAUACGUUCAUACAGUGUGUUAAUAAAAUCGAAUUUGAUAAGCGAAAAAGUGAGAGUAGGAAAUAGUUGAUUGUGCAAAAUAGUAUAUUUUUAGUAGUAUAUUUUUGUCCUAAGACGAUACUGAACUGACGGGCGAACUCCGACGAAAACAUCACACAUCUAACAUACAUAAAUACAUUUAUUUAUACAUACAUACACUCAUACAUACAGGUACGCAUACAUAUCCAUGAAAUUUUCAGGCAAAAUAUUCUCAUAUACACAGCUCCUAGACGCAUUUUUAAAAGCAUAGUAUUAUUCUUCCUUGUAAUUCCGACCCGAGUGAGUAUGUAUUGUUUGGUUAGACGACAAUUUCCCGCAAAAUGGAGGGGAUAAUGUUAGUACCAACGAAAUGCCUCUAAACAAAAUAAUUUUAGUUUCUGUAGAUUAGUAGCACUGUUCAAGUAGUAAUCUGUUGGUUUGCACAUCCUUUUUGACAUAUGCGCGGGCAUGUAUUUGAACCGGACGAGCAAAUCCGCAACAAAACAAAAGAAAUCUAUGCGACGUGCAGCGUAACAUCAAUUAACAUAUAUUAAUGAAUAUAGGAGAAUGACAUCAAAUGAGAUGUGGAAUUUGUGAAGAAAUAAUCGAAGAAUCGUUAAUUUCAAGUCAUAAAUGCUUGGAAGGAUAUGAAAUGUUUUUCACUGAUAAUAACAGAUAUUUUUAUCUAGUACAUGAUAGUGGCGUCGUAGUACAAAGAAGUGCUAUGGAGAAUACGUAGAAAGCAUUGUAUACGAUAAACCAUCAAGUCAUUAAAAUAAAGAUAAAUA